AUGGCGGACUCAAGYAGUAAARGACGUAGAACUGGGAAAAGAUGUGUCGCUGGAGCACCCAACCAGACUAGCUGUAAGAACAAUUCUUAUACACCAGGGAUAACCAUGCAUCUAUUCCCUUCUGACGAGUCAACUCGAUCGAAAUGGGUUAAAUUUGUGAAAAUACAUCGUCCCGAUGAUUUCAAAGAGCCGGUAAACAAGCACGCUUGCCUGUGCUCAGCACACUUUGAGGACUCUUGUUUUACACGMGAUCUCAAUAUAGUCAUGAGUAUGGGCGAAAAAAACAUGCGAAGAGUAUUACUCAAGGGUUCAGUGCCAACGAGAGACUCUGUUAUACCUCCAAAAACACCAGAAUUGACGAAAAGAGCGAAGAGACAGCUAAAACGAGAUGCUAUGGCAAGCCAUUCCUCUAUUAAACGGAGAAAGACAGAUGAUGAUGAGAAUGAGUUAAUGGAGGUGAAUAUAGUAGGCGAUGCUGUCAACGAGGAGACCAUUGAAUGUGAGGUCGAAAGUAAGACAUCGAGUUAUACCAUGCCUGAAACACCGACAACCACCACUACUUCUUCCAACACUCCAUCAUCUAAAUCGUGCAAUGGGUGUUAUACAAAGGCACAAAGCUGUAGAAAUCUACGCAAAGCUAAUUUAAAGUUAAAGCGUAAAGUGUCAGAACUUAAGCACUCGAUGAAGCAAUUGAAAACCAGGAUAAUUGACACCGAAACAGAGGAAGAAGGAGAGGAAGAAAGACAAGAAGGAUCAACUGAGUUAUUAGUGCAGGUAGAUGUGGAAGAUGAAGUUAGCUCUGAACCCCAYCAUUAUGAAGAUGAACUUGAAAGCMAAGAGGACGAAAAAGAUGAUGAUUGGACGUAUGCCUCAGUUGAGGAAAGCACUUGUACAGAGGAUGAGAGUAAAGGCAAUGAUGAUGAUGAUUUGGAUGGCAGUGAAAUCAGAGUGGACCCAGAGCAACCAGAUGAACAGCAGCCAAAAUUUAUAGUGUUCUAUUGGCAACUCAUUGSUAUUUUUUCGAUGUUUUGCUUUAACUGCAAAGAAUCAAAGCCAUCAGUCAAAGCRAAGAAAUUUGGCACUAUGGUCACAAUUUCUCAAGAAUGUCUGCAGUGCAACAAAAUGUUUGAAUGGAGGUCCCAACCACUGCUUAAUGGGAAAAUUCCUUAUGGGAAUAUACUAUUGAGCUACAGCAUUUUAAUGGCUGGUGCUUCURUAAGCAAAACGCUUCUUAUAUUCAAGCAUCUAGGUUUGUGUGUCUAUUCAGCCAGGGCCUAUUUUAGACACCAAAAGGAUUACCUCUUUCCAGCUGUACUAAGUUAUUGGGAAGACUACAGAUCAAAAUUAGUGAAUCAAGUCAAGAAGUUAAAGGAGACAGCAUGGUCAGGAGAUGGCAGAUYUGAUUCCAUGGGCCAUUCAGCCAAAUACGGGGCAAACACUAUGAUGUGCACCACAGUGAUGAAGAUAGUUCACUUUGAAAUUGUACAGUCAAAUGAAACAGGGGGAAGUCAGCAAACUGAACUYGAAGGAUGUAAGAGAAGCUUUGGUUUUCUGAARGAACUUGGCUUGAAAAUACCUGUUUUUAUUUCUGAUCGCCAUAGAGGGAUUGCAAAGUGGAUUCGUACCUCCUGCCCUGGCACAACACACUUUUAUGAUAUUUGGCAUGUUGCUCGAUCAGUGACAAAAAAAUUACUUAAAGUUGGAAAGGAAAAGGGCUGUGACAUUAUCACCACUUGGAUAAAAGGAAUACGCAGGCAUUUGUAUUGGUGUGCAACUUCAACCAAAACUGGAUUUGGUUCCUUGAUUGUAGCAAAGUGGACAUCAUUCCUGCGCCAUGUUACAAACAAACAUACAGCUCAUCCAGAUUCACUUUACAAGAGCUGCAGCCAUGGUAAACUUGCUCCCAGAAAAUGGAUCAAAAUAGGAACAUCAGCCUACCAAAAGUUGAGUGGUGUGUUGUCAAAGACAAUACUACUUAAUGAUAUUCGAAAGCUUUCAUCAGAGGCGCAGACCAGCUGCCUCGAAGGCUUCCAUGCUACACUGAACAAUUGGCACCCCAAAAUGAUAUGCUACUCAUGGUUGGGAACAUUCUGCAGACAUGCUCUGGCAGUGCUUCAUUUUAAUGAAAACCUACAACGAKAACCCCAAAAAUCUAAAAGUGGUGAGAAAUAUGUGAAAGUAUGUUWUCCAAAAUACAAAGUUGGAGAUGAAAUUGUUAGAGAUGUCAAGGUUGMCCCCACCUAUGGUAUGUGUCUUUGA